AUGGCUCGUUUGAAGGCGACUGUCGUUGGUGGCACAGAAAGAGGAGGCGAGAUUUCUCUUGUGAAAACGAUGGUGCUGAACUGCGAGCUGCACCUCAGUAAUCCAGCCAUAGUAAAGGAUGCUUGGCAUUUCAUUCAGAAACCCUUUGAGGGUCACAGAGAGAGCAACCAGUCUUAUGUUAUCAGUUUUGUGGUUCCCAAUCAGAAGAAACUAACGGCACUUGCUGAACAGAGGGGUAUGUCUGACAGCUGGAACAACAUCUGUAACAAUCCUGUCAUGGAAUCAGAAGUUCUGAAAGAGAUUAAAGACAUGGCUAACAAAAUGAAGCUGGAAAGAUUUGAAGUGCCCAUCAAAGUGCGUCUGAGUCCGGAGCCCUGGACUCCCGAGACAGGCCUAGUCACCGAUGCUUUCAAACUGAAAAGGAAGGAGCUGAAGAACCAUUACCUCACUGACAUCGAGCGGAUGUACGGAGGGAAAUAAGACCUCCCAAGCUCCCUGCGUCAGAAAGCGUGCGUCGUUUCUUCUGGAGCUGAGCGGUUGUAUUUCCAAACGGAAGCGGCGUUUCCUACAACAGUUGACCAUUUAUUCCCGGUUACCCAGAAGGAACGGCUGCGCCGGCUUUCUGCCUUGCAGUUUUC